CGUGCCCCCGGUAGCCCGUAGUAACCCCGAGUCUGCGGAAGUGGAGACCGUUGGGCGGGCAGCUGAGACAGGGGACCGAAAGUUGUGGAACCAUAAUUUGUGACAUCAGGUUUUUUUUGGUAAGCAGCCAUUUAUGAUUCUGGAUGAUUAAGGCAGAUAGGAAGCCCCUCCUGAGAGUUUAACAAAGCUCUCAACAACUUACACCAUGAACAUAAAUCUGGACCCUUCUCGAGAUGACCUGCCUCUCAUGGCCAACACCAGCCACAUACUUGUGAAGCACUAUGUACUGGAUUUAGAUGUGAAUUUUGAAAGUCAAAUCAUUGAAGGCACCAUAGUGCUUUUCUUUGAUUCUGGAAACAAAUUCAGGAAAAAGAGUAGUUCCACGGAGGAAACCUGCCGACCAGAAUCAAAUGAAGCCUGCAAAUUUAGGAUGCUGGAACCAUGCCAUAUUUCUGUGACAAAUACAAGGACCUUCUCAUCUAAAAUGGGAUACAAUGAUUUUGCAAUCUGUGGUAAAGGUGAAAAAGAUACUUCAGGUAAAGAUGGUAACCAUGACAACUGGAAACUGGCUUCUGAGAUUUCUAGCUCAAAGUACUGCUGUGACACAGGGAAUCAUGGGAGUGAAGAUUUUUUGCUAGUGUUGGACUGCUGUGAUUUAUCUGUAUUAAAGGUUGAGGAGGUGGAUGUUGCUGCUGUGCCAGGUAUUGAAAAAUUUACAAGGUCUCCCAAGCUCACAGUUGUUUCUGAGCUCAGGAAUCAGAUUGUACGUGAACUUGUGACUCUGCCUGCAGAUCGUUGGAGGGAGCAGUUAGACUGUUAUGCUCGCUGCAGCCAGGCUCCUGGCUGUGGGGAACUCCUGUUUGACACUGACACUUGGAGCUUACAGAUCAGGAAGACAGGGGCUCAGACAGCUCCUGACUUUCCUCACGCCAUAAGGAUACUGUACAGAACCAAACCCCAGGGGCGAUCAGUUACAUGGACCUCAGACCAGAGUGGCAGGCCAUGUGUUUAUACUAUGGGAUCACCCAUAAACAACAGGGCCCUUUUUCCAUGCCAGGAGCCACCCGUUGCCAUGUCAACAUGGCAGGCUACAGUUCGAGCAGCUGCAUCUUUUGUUGUUUUAAUGAGUGGGGAAAAUUCUGCCAAGCCAACACAGCUUCAGGAAGGGUACUCAAGCUGGCAUUACUACGUAACCAUGCCAAUGCCAGCCUCCACCCUCACAAUUGCAGUGGGAUCCUGGACAGAAAUGAAGCCAGAGACCUACUCAUCAAAUGAUCUGGCAGCGGAGAGAAGAUCCUUCUCACCUUCAGAGGCUGACUUCAGGUGUGUUGGUGUUUGUGGCCAUGUGGAAUACCCCUGCCGCUUCCAGAAUGCUUCUGCCGCUACCCAGGAGAUCAUUCCUCACCGGGUCUUUGCCCCGGUGUGCCUCAAACAUACCUGCCAAGAGACCCUUCUGCGGCUGAUCCCUCCUUGUCUCUCAGCAGCGCACUCUGUCCUGGGAACACACCCGUUCUCCAGGCUGGAUGUACUUAUCGUCCCUGCCAACUUUCCAAGUCUGGGGAUGGCCAGCCCACACAUCGUCUUCCUCUCUCAGAGCACCUUGACUGGAAGGAGCCAUCUCUGCGGGACCCGUCUCUGCCAUGAAAUUGCUCAUUCCUGGUUUGGCCUCGCCAUCGGGGCCCGUGACUGGACGGAAGAGUGGCUGAGUGAAGGGUUUGCCACUCACUUGGAAGAUGUGUUCUGGGCCAAAGCACAGCAGCUGGCCCCCAGCGAGGCCCAGGAGCAGCAGGAGCUGCGGGCUGUCUUGCGCUGGCGUCGCCUCCAGGACGAGGUACGGAACUCCCCGGAAGAGAUGCAGGUGUUGAGACCCAAUAAAGAGAAAACUGGCCACGUAAGUGACUCAGGAUCAUCUCUCAUCAAACAUGGGCUCAAUCCGGAGAAGGUCUUCAUGCAAGUUCAUUAUUUAAAGGGCUAUUUUCUUCUCCGGUUCCUUGCCAGAAAACUUGGAGAUGACACCUAUUUUUCAUUUUUAAGAAAAUUUGUGCAUACAUUUCAUGGGCAGUUGAUUCUUUCCCAGGAUUUCCUUCAAAUGCUGUUGGAGAACAUCCCAGAAGAAAAAAGGCUUGAGUUGUCUGUUGAAAGCAUCUUUCGAGACUGGCUUGAGAGUUCCGGAAUACCACAGCCGCUGCAGACUGAGCGCCAGGCCGGGGCGGAGUGCGUGCUCGUGCGGCAAGUGGGCGUAGAGGUCGCGAAAUGGAAUCGAGUGAACCGGAGACCUCGAAAACGGAAACGAAAGGAGAAAGAAGUGUUGGAAAAGCUUCUUCCAGACCAGCUGGUCUUGCUUCUGGAGCAUCUCUUGGAGCAGAAGACCCUGAACCCCAGAACUCUGCGGAGCCUUGAAAGGACGUACCACCUCCCCCAGCAGGAUGCAGAGGUUCGCCAUCGGUGGUGUGAACUCAUUGUUAAGCACAAGUACACAAAAGCGUACAAAAAUGUGGAGAGAUUCCUUCAGGAGGAUCAAGCCAUGGGCGUAUAUCUCUACGGGGAGCUGAUGGUGAGUGAGGAUGCCAGGCAGCAGCAGCUUGCCCGAAGCUGCUUUGAGCUGACCAAGGAGCAAAUGGAUAGAUGCUCAGCUCAGGUGGUGGCCGAGAUGUUAUUUUAAGAGGAAAGAUCACAGCGAGAUUCUUUCUCAUAAUCUCCUCGUUGCCCUGAUGGGACCAGGAUUGCAUUGACCCUGGACAUCAAAGAAGGGAUUACGGGGCUGCUAAAGCCAUCAGUCGAUAACGUCCGUCCGCAUCUUGGUGCUUCUCUUUCCAGAGCUGCUCUCACCAGAGCACGUGUGAAAGGCACAUCCUCGUAAACGGUCUCCACAGGACCGUGGGCCCUUUGUCCCCACCCUGAACAUGCCACCUCGACACACUGACCCACAAUUCGGUCUCGUCUGUGAGUUAAAGGCAACAAUUCUUUCACACAAAUAACUAAAGGUAGCUGAGACAUCAGAAAAACCUGCUGAGCUUUUGGCAUCAGUCCCAUCAGCAUAUGGCUACAUUGGAUAUUUCUGUAAUUCCAGAAAGUCACAGAGUUUCUAUACACUGAGACCAGUGAACACCAUUUGAUGUUCUCCUCAGGGUCAUUUCAGGAAGAUUCUUCAGAAUUAUUUUGAUUGAUAUGUCCAUCAUUUAGAUUUUCUGCAAAAUUUUAGUACCUUUUGAUAAAAGUACAAGAUAAGAUCUAAGGUAUAUUAAUAAUAAAAAUGUACUGGGUUAGUAUUUUUGUAAACUUGUUUGCUUCUGAAUUUAAUGGUUUUUUAAGUGAUUUAAAAGGCAGCCUCGAUAUCCCGGAGUGCGAGGGGCGCUCCUGCUCUGCACGGAGGCAUAGGCAGCACCAGGGGGAGAGGGGGGCUGUCUAUGCCAAUGUCGCUUUUCCCACAAAUGUUGGAAGUUGGAAAACAAAAAAAGGAAUACAGAAACUGAGCUUCCCGGUACCUGUCCAAAGGGCAGGGAGGUUUAAAAUGCCUUGGGAAACCACAGCGGUUGGUGCUGUCACAGUGGCAUAGGCUGGGCUGCACGAGAAUGAACUUGAACCCGUGUUGGCUCCACCUGGCUCUGGGGCCAUGUUCACCUGACUGCAUCUGGCCUACUCAGAGUGAAGUGUGGCUUUAACACAUUCCUUCGUGCAAAGCUUCUGGUCCUCAGAAUUAUUUAGCAGUGACCGCCAUUCUAGAAGGGUUUGCGCUGUGCUGUAAUAUGUGCUCUGCAUGUGAUUAUGUGCUGUGUUUACCGAGUUGGUAAAACAAUCAAAAUUUUCGAAUUUGAAUAAAUAUAAAAAUGCUACUUUCUGUGAAGAAUAAA